AUGGCUAACUUCUGCAACAGAGAUUUGGUGCCGGUUGUCAUGAGAUUUCGGGGGGAGGCAGAAGCGGAGGACAUUGUCUUCUGCUCGGCUUACUUCCCUCAUGACUCACCGACACAACCACCUACCAAGGAACUGCGUGAUUUGAACGUGGUGUGGGGCAGUGAGAGUUGUAAUGACAGGGGCACUGCCCUCCUGGAAUUUAUGGCAGACGUGGACCUGGAGAUCCUAAACAAGGGCUCGCGGCCUACGUUUGUCACCUCGCGCUGUCAAUGCAUCAUUGACAUAACCAUGUGCACCCGCUGGCUGGCGGGGCGAUGCAUGGACUGGAGAGUGGACCGGGAGGACACACUCUCCGACCAUCGACGCAUUAGAUUUAGCAUUGAGGGCUGUGCCGAACUACAGCAGGAUCGCCUGCGCAGAAACCCAAGGGCCACCGACUGGGACUCCUUUGAGAGGAAACUGGAGGAAAGGCUCAGGGUAGGACGCGUAAGGCCCUGCAGGGAGGACAGGUUGGAGGACGAGGCAAUCAGCCGGCUGAGCAGCCGGUCCAGGAGACUCUGGAACCGAGCGUGUAAAUCCAAGAGAGCCGAGGACUGGACUCUGUACAGAAAUGCGCAGAGGGAGUACAAGAGGCUCAUCAAACAAUCAAAGGAGCUCACCUGGAGAACAUACUGUGAGGAGUUGAAUGCACUAUCAAGGGUCUUCAGACUUCGCAGGGUUUCCCCUGCAGAAAGGCUGGGCAGAAUCACGCUGACAAGUGGAGAGACCGUCACAGAACCGCGAGAGGUCCUUGAGCAUCUGGUUUGCGCGCACUUUCCGGGCUCUAUUAUAGAGCACCCAGGAGUGUGCCCUGAGGCAGACUGA